CGCACGUAUGAAACUUUUUUUUGGAUUAAGAUUUGAAAUUUUUUAUCGAUUUUUUGAGUGGAAAUUUUUUUAAAUUCAUUAUCACGAAUGCAACACGUUAUUUUAUUGCGAAAUUUAGUGCGUAAGAUGUAAUCGAAAAAGUUGUUGCAUAGUCAAUUUUGAUCCGGAAUAAGCCCGAAAGAUGCCGAAAGGUUAUUUGUGAAAGUUGCCACCGAAAGGUUUCAGGUUGUUGACGCACUCAUCUUGUUUUGCUAUCAAACCUGAAGUUCGUAGAUACGGAAUAAUCACCUGCGAUUGUUUAUUCAUCGAUUAACAUUUGGCAGCUAGUCCGCUUACUCCGUUGGAUUAUUUCCGAUGUGAAUUUUCAAACCGAAAUUCUCAGUGAAAGCGCAAAUUUAUACAACUACCACCAAGGAUACGAGUUGAAAUUAUUUUAUCAAAUUGCAGGCAUCAUCGUGGACACGCGAAAGUACGGGUCAAAAUUUUAAAUAUUAUUUCAUUAACCCCCCCCCCCUAUUCGACCUUGCUUACUAACUAGAUUAUACAUAUCCACCUUGGGCACCUCACCGACUUGCGAAUCAAACUUCCGCAAAUGCACGAAGCAGGUGCACUCAUAGUCCACCUAUCUCUGCGAUAAAGUAAUAAGGUGUAAUUAGCCCGUUCGAAUAAACAGUAUACGGUCCAUGAGGUAUGUUGAGGUUGUCUGCCCGUGACUAUAUGUUGAAAUAGAGUAGAAAAAGUUGCAUCUCCGAGAAACUGCAUACUUAUUCGUAUCUGGAUUGAGGAAAUUAUACCCUGAAUAAAUAAUUGACGUUGCCGACGACAUUUAUCGUAGAUUCUAUCGACACCCUGAGAAAUGACGGAUAAAAAACCGGCCUUUGGUAGCGGGGGCGGCGGAGAAGGGGAUAAUAAAAUUACAAACGAACCGCCGACCGACAAUACCAAGGAUAAAAAGACACUGAUGUGCUGCGAUGAUUUCCUCUCCGACGAAGAUCUCAACGUUGGUAAAAUAGCCGAGGUGGUUGAAAACGUUGAGGAGAAUGUAUCCAGUUCUGACGAAGCGGACGAAGAACUGGAAGUUGAAUAUCGCAAGCUGAACGAAGUUCUAGAUCUUCCGGAAGAUUCUUAUUCUCUCACGAGAAUAAAACCGAAAUUUCCAGAAUGCGUUAAACAUGGAUCACGUUCGGGAACGACGCACUUUAACAUGCUCAAGUUUUCUCCACUUUCCAGAGGAUUGCAGGGUCCCGCAUGCGCCAUAGCAGCUUUUGCAACGAACGCGGUCUUGAAAUCACGUUGCUGGAAUGAGAUGAUCAUAGAUCAAAUAAUCGACGAUGCGGAUGAUUAUUAUUUCAAGUCUUACGAGGACGUUGAAACGGAUGACCGGCGGACGUUGACUGUCCGAGAUUUGAGAAGAGAAAUGACCGUACAAAAGACAUAUCACGUGUAUUUUGACAUACAUGAUGCCGCUUACGUCGGUACAUUUAGAUCCGAGGAUCCCAAAGAAAUGCAUCUAUUGAAAGCCUUAGAUUUGUUCUUCAAAAAAUACGAUUCCGGACUGUUGAUAUCUCCGAACUUGAACAUCUCUAUUUGGAAGGACUCGAAAUUUUACAAUAUUUUCGACGGCCAGGCGAGAGGGGAUGACUGUCUCCCUGUCGCUAACGAAAAUGAAGGUUCCGCAAAAUUGAUAUUGGUCCGAGAUUUGACAAGUGUCGCAUUCAUAAUUCUGGAAAAAAGUAACGUUGAUAACGAGCCUUUCGUUUUAUUUGCAAUUACUGUCGUAAAUUCAAUGAAGAUUCCUUCCCGUCCCGAUGAUCCUGAUGAGCCUGUAAAAUCCGUUGGAGAACCCAAACGAAGACCGAGCGGCUUUAAAAUUCAAGAACAAUUUCGAGCUUGUGUUCAGGGUACCUAUCAUCUCAUGGAUUCGAGAGUUCCAAGCGAACUUCGAGGUAGAGGUCAUCUGGUGAUUGCUGUUGCUGCUCUCAUCUAUUCUCGGCUGAUAAAUUCCAAUAAGUGGAGCUCGAUGAUAAUCGACUUAAUUUUCAACCAAGCGCAUAUUUACAUGAUAGAUUUAGUGAGAGCUUUGGAUAUGAAGCUGGACGAUUAUUUCGAAUUGAAGAUAGAUGACCUUAUGGGGGAUAUAAUUUUAGGCGUCUAUUCAGCCAAAAUUAAUGUGACAGUUAACGUUGUACCUGGUCAAAAAAAGAAAGGAAAAUCCACCAUCGACAGUGGGAUACGAGAAUUUUUUCAACAAAAUCAAUCUGGCAUUAUAGAGAUUAAGAAAAUCUUUUUUCCAAUCUGGAAGGAAGAUGAUAAAUUCUAUUUCCUUGAUCCGUUCGGCUGUGAUGACGAAGGAUUUAGGAUAGAUCCCGCGGACCCUGAUGAAGCUCUGCGAUACAAAAAGGCGAAACCCUGCAUGACCAUGAACAGCUCGAUUAACGAGAUGGUGGAAACGAUUCUUCAAAAUACCGGAAACAAGGAUAAGGAUCCUUUCGUUAUACAUUCGCUCCGCGUACUUGACGUCAGAACUGGUAGCAUCCCAGGUGGACCAAUUGACAACGUCAUAUACCGGGAGAAGGGAACAAAUAGACGACCAUCGCCUGAGGAUUCAAACGAGGUGACGAAAGUUGCCGACUGUAAGUUGGAAAUUGACAUGGUCCCGAGACCACGUCCUGAUGCUGAAAAAACGAAAGAUUAUCAAUCGCAAUUUCCAGAGUUGAUGCUCGAUGUUGAUAAUUACAUGAUGAAAGAGGACGAACCGACUUCAUUUGUUGUAGCCCGUCCUUCGGUCAAAGAACUUGUCAAGCCUGAACUACAAGACACAAUGAAAUCUGAGGAACUUGUUUCGCCCGAAAAAUGGUCGGAACCCACAGAACCGGAAAUCCAGUAUAUCUCCGGUUACCAGGUUGUGAACCCACAUCGGCUGAUACUACAAGGUGAAGUAAACUGCCUCGCGAAACGAUUUGAGGAAAGAGCUCGUGGCCGACAAGGAUUAAUCAUUGCGCUUACGGCCAUAGCGUACGGGAAAGUAACACCGCCUCCGGCGUGGCGAAAUAUUGACGUAAACCAAAUAAUCGAAGUUGGAAAUAAGGCUUACGCCGAUACGAUUGACUGGAUUCAGCGUGGCAGACCGGCAGAAGAUGAGAUCAAGGGAAAUAAGGAGGCAGGAGAUGAGAAUGAGGAUGAAGAAGAGGAAGAGGAAACCGAAGAAGAAGAUGAAGAAGAGGAGGAGGAUGAAGACGAAGAGGGCAAGGUAUCGAAACGAGAAUUGAAGGGCCCGCUUCAACCAAGACCGAGUCACCUAGACGUUGCCAUGCUACCUGAUAAAAUUAGACUUGGCGAAAAUGACGUUUAUUACAAGAAGAAAACAAAGUUCGCCGAAGGCGAUGCUAACCCACUAGCGAAUCUUGGCGAAGCUCUUGAGCAAUACUUCAGACUUUACGACGAACUUGUGGUGGAGAAUAAAAGGUUGAUGUUUGGCGUAUGGAGAAGCGGUGGAAAAUAUUGUUUGUUCAACCCGUACGGUAGCGAUGAAGAAGGUCGACGACUCAGGGGAUAUCCAGCUGCGUUUAUUGUUACCGACACAAUCAACGAACUGAUAGAUAUAUUUUAUGGAAUUCUGGAAUACAAUGAUUCCCAGUUCAUAUUGCAUUAUAUAGGAAUAGAGUCGAUCCAACCGAACGAUAAGUAUGUCGCUUCGAUACCGAUUGAAAUUCCGGAAAGUAAUCUCGCGGCGAUGUACAGAACAUCGUUUUUACCCGUCACUGACGAAGACUUAUUUGUCCCAGAACCACAACCAGAACCUGAAACGGUGGGAACAGUGGAAGCCGAAAAUAAUAAGCAAAAGAAAGGUGAUGAGGAUGAGGAUGAAAGUGAGGAUGUUGACGAGGAGGAGGAAGAAGAAGAGGAAGAGGAUGAAGAAGAUAUGAAGGAUGAAAUACCAGAAGAAAAGCCACCACCGGAACCAGAAAGACCGAUAAUAGAUCCAUUGUUGGAAGUGGAAGAACAGGAUCAACCCGAUCCACCUGAUCAAUUGAAUUUAUCUCUUCUUUCCAGAACUCUAGUGGUCGACGAGGAAGAAGAGAAAAAAAAAGAUGAAAUGAAUGAAGCACUGAUUUAUGAAAAGUUGAAAUACAAACAUCCUCCACCUUUUGUUCUUCCGCCAAAAAAAGUUCUUUGCGUAUUGUUGGAAGCGAAAAAAGCGUCAAAAUCAAUCCACUCGUUGCUUUCGAGAUUCUCCAUAGAUUCUUUGUUGUCGGUUAAGAAAAAAAGCGACCUUCCGACCAGCAUACCGAAUCACCAGCCGAUUAUAACAGCCACGAACGUCAAUAACGGUGACAAGAUUACAAAAAUAAUCAAACUCCCACCCAAAAAAUACUUAUUCUCGAGACUACUUCCGACCGGAAUCACCCCGAUUAGAGCGAUUAAUGACAAGUAUUUGCAAAACGAAGACUUUGAUAAAGCCAGGGAAGAAGACUGUCGUAGAAAUAAAUAUAAGGAAGCACUAGAAAUUCCCGAGACGGAAGACGUUCCUGAAAUACCUACCACAAUGCGCAUCAAACCGGUCCUCAUACCGCUUGGUCCUCCCAUCAAAACACCGAGUCCAAUGAAAAAACCGAAGCCAUGUACGGAGAACAAAAAGAGACGAUGUAAAAUAAAUCCAAUCGAUAAGGAAGAUCCAGUUCUCGAAACAAUCGUGUGCAAAACCGAAGACUUACUCUUGGAUAUGAUAUUUCCUGACCCUGAUCGUGAGGUCAAGGGCAAGAAACCGGUAGCGAGUAAAAAAGACCCAUGUAAAGAGAAGAAAAAGAGAGUUGUGAGUCGAGUUCGCAUGAAAGAUCCAGAUGAAAAACCUAGACCACCGCCUGUACCUGAACAUUGUGGAUUCAAAAUGACCGAUGAUGAUAUUGGCGUGAUAAAUGCCAACAUGUGCUUAGAGGAUCGGGAAGCAAUCGAGGAAUCUCAUUUCAAGCAGUGCUACUUCACAGCUAUUCUUUGCGUUUUAGCAAAAAUUCGACUCGACGUAAAUAUGUUUCGAGGAAGUAUCUUGGACCAGUUUAUUUUGGCUGGAGAUAAAAUAUUUCAACGAACUGGAAAAUUGAGGUACAAGGCUCUCCGUUGGUUCUACAAUGUGGAAAUCCUUGAAACCGUGUGCAAUAUUAUUUUGAGACAAAUCGUUUACGCUGAUCCUGAAAGUUGUUUGGAAGAAGAACUGUCGAGUGUGAUAUCAAACUAUUUGAAAAAAGAUCAAAGUGGUAUUCUCAUUUUUCCAUCUUGCUGCUACGCAUUUUGGUACAGUAGAGAAAUGUAUUAUCUGUUCGAUCCCUACGGUUGCGAUGAUGAGGGGCAUGCUAGCAAGGAUGGUUACGCAUGCCUGAUGCAGUUUCCGAAUUUGGAAUCUAUGAUUGGAAGAAUCAAGGAGAAUACCGGGGAAACCGCGAACGAGGUUUUCCGCAUACAUGCCAUCGCAAUUGGACACAUGGAGCAAGUAAAACGCAAGAAAAAGAUGGCGGCAAAAAAUAAACCAGUGCGCUUAGAAACGGACUCCCCGAUGCAGGAACUACCACCAGAACCGGAAGCCGUUUUAUCGCUCAUUGAGCUGUCUGAUUGGGUCGAAAAAACACAGAAGAACAAAGCCAAAUUCGAUAUUACCAUACCUGGAUUUGCUGCAGAGCCAAACUUCAACGCCUCAACGCUGGAAGUUAUCGUCCUUGAAAAUGAUAUCACGGAUCCAAUCAGAACGGAAUUCAAGAAUGCAAAAAAUGAACGAUACAAAACGAGCGCUGGAGAUCAGUCCAAUCUUGGCAGCUUGAUACGUAAAAAACCAUACGAAAGAAGAUUUAAGGACAACUCGAUCGUUUUGGAACCGAUCGAUCUUUGCAUCAUGGCAUGGGCACACAUUCACGAUCCCACCUUUUGGGGAACAAAAACCAUUAAAGGUUUAUACGAAGCCACUAAGGAUUUUACCCAAGAUUGUGUAUUGGCAUUGCAGGAUACAACUGUUACGGGAAUGACAGACAGCGUAUUACCCGAAUUCAACAUAGCCAAUUACAAUUUUCGAGCAGCUUUCGCUCCGCUACAUCAGGGCACUUUGUAUGCCGCGAGUGGUUGGAACCUUGCGAUGUCCUUGGAGAAAUUGUUGAGCACGCCAAUUUAUUCCGGGGCUAUAAUCAUUUGUGGAAAGGCGCGUAUCGGCGUGAUGAAGAAAAAUAAUAAUUAUUACGCGUGGUGGGUGAUCCGAAAUACCAAACGGAUAAAAAUUACAACGUCUGAAGAAAUGGAAGAGUUGCUCAAGCUUAUCGUCAGGGAAAUAAACGAGUCGGAGGAAAUUGCAUUUUCAAUACGAGCGGUAACGAUUUCGUACGCUCGUAAAAUGGCCCCUGACUGCGAGGACACAAACGGGCUCCACGAAAGGGCUAUACCGGCAACGUCCUUAGCUGAAAUACACAGAAAAUCGUUACCACCCUACGACAUUGAGGCUUUAUUCCGAAAAACUGUACCCGAAAGUGGACCGUUAUUUAUCUUGGGAACGGUAUCCACCCGGAAUAGAGAUACGAUAAAAGAACCUAGGAUGAAACGAUGUUAUUUUGUCGCUCUAUUGGCUGUAAUGGUAAAAAGAGAUAUUAUACAGAGUCCUGUGGCAGGAACGGUCGAUAAGAUAAUCGAAGUCGGCGAGGAAUUAUAUAAACAGUUUGACGAGCCUAAAUAUCAUACUGAACAUAUAUUGAAAAACGUCACUAUAAUGAACAGGAUUUUCGAUUUUCGCGAUUGCGCUUUGCCAUUGGUCGAAUUUCAAAGUAAUUCCACAAACGGGAGGAAUGAUCACUACUCGCAGGUGAAGAAGCACCUUAAACGACAUUUCAAAAAACAUUCCGAUGGUAUAAUACACUUCAGCAACUGUUGCUAUGGAUUUUGGUACUCAGAGUCAACAAAUUCCUACUACUAUCUUGACCCUUAUCAAUGUGACAUAAAAGGUAAAAAGGUCGCGAGUGGAGGAGCUGGAUGUCUUUCUAUAUUUCCGAACCUGUGUCUGAUGGCAAGGCACAUGUAUCAGAAUCGUUUCGAAGAUUCGACCGGAUUUUUCAUCCACCGUAUUCACGUUGAAUCGAUCAACGUUCCAGCUUUCAAGAAGCUCAAAGAAGAUCCCAUGUGGGUGUAUCUGGACUUUCACUGGAGUUUCCUUCACGCACCAGACAUCGUUAAAAUGGGGAAAAAGAGGAAGAAAAACUCAAAGAUAGCCGAGCAGGAACAACCGUCGUGGAAUCAUUACGCCAUCGAAGUUCCGAAUUUAAUAUAUUCCGUGUGGGCAACCCUAGGCUGCUAUGAUCCCAGAUUUGGCCAAAGAGCGGGUAAGAAUCAAGCUGGAAUCAACGUUGCCGUCCUCGCUAUGCAGUUUUUAUGUCACCCCUCGCGAUGGGGACCGGCCAUUUUAGACUCUGCCGUUAUUUGCGGCGACUGCUACCACACGGAGAGCCUCAAGAGUGCGGUACGUAAGGGCUGCAGGCACCCGAACAGAUUCAACCUCCAGUCCGUUUUCAAAGUCUUCCCUCACGUUUGGACGAUUCAGUUUAAAGAGAAUAUGUGCGGAACGUUAUACGGAGGAAGAAAUAGAAUGACGCUUGCAGCCACGAUAAAACUGGCAUUUGCGGAGGCACCAAAUAUCUUAAUCGAAUGUAACAAGGUCGUAUUUGCGGUUUUGAUAGCGGAGGAUGGUUACUACGUUGCUGAUCCUCGUUGGAGUGGGCCGCCGUUAUUCACUAGAAACCACGGUGCUCUCUACGUUCUACGCUGUCGGAAUAUGAACGCCCUCAUAUAUGCCCUGACUAAAAUGUUGAACACCAAUGAACGAUUGGAAUUCCAUAUCACUCCAAUUUUGCUCACUUUCGCUCAAGAAUCUUGCAGACUUGGUACUGAACAAUCGUUGAGUAAAACACAGAAGCAGAUAUUACUUGAUCCUAUGUGCUAUAGUCCAGCUCGUGUAACUGGGCCUGCACCUCAAGUACCGGGAGCGAUAACAACUCCCGACGAGGACUCGUACCUCCGCUAUCGCAGGAACCUCAGGGAAGGUCGAAGACACGGCGCUGAACUUGAAAACCCACCAAUUAAAUCACUUGAACCGAAAUUGCCAGAAAUUGUAAUGAACAAUACGCAGAUUAGCACCAUCUGGCAUCUAAACGUCGGUCAUUCAGUGCCCCAUAAACACUCGAAGAAGCCGUUUGGUAUAGUUCACGGAAUCAAUGAAUCUUAUACAACAACUAGUGUGGCUGAUUCUCUAAAAAACGCAUCGUACGAGGCCGACCGAGAAUACCCCAGACUGAUCGACUUCACUGAGGAUGCCGUCGAACCGGAAACUGAAAGUGAAACUGAAAAUUUUGAGGACCCGAAUAGCGAUCCUCCGUUAAUACAAACCGACACAAUUAUCCCUCCGCUCUGUACUGGAGCACCAAAUUUCAUAAAGGAUUCAUCGCGGCGAAAGUUUUCUCAAACGGUCAAGGAAAUGGCCGAUGACUACUUCAAAAAAUACAAGCAUAGAGUAUCACCAGAACUUGAUGAAGAACCGAUCAAAGAUGAAGGGGAAGGGGAAAAUCAAGGUUGAACGUUUUAUUGUCAUUCGGGAAAUCUUCGCUCAUGGAUGCAAUGGUAUGCAAUUUGUGGCGAAUGUUUCUGAAGUCAUUGUACUCGGUAAAGCUUAACACGGUAGAAAUAUCAACCUUGAAUAUACAGGAAAUUACUUAAUUUAUUCCGAACACAGCAGUCGAGAUUUCGGAAGGUGGCAUGCGAGAGUAUGCAUAUC